UGGAAGAAAGCCGCGUUCCAUGCGCGUCUUCUAGUUUUCUCUCUCUACUGUGUUAACUUUGGAAGCGCUCUCUCUCAAAACUCUCUUAAACUCGGCUCCUCUAUUUAUCCGUACCAUCCUCACUUCCUUCUUCCUUCAUUUUAACGCCAUUUCUUCUCCUCUCUCAAGAGAUUACUCUCUCUUCCAAUUUCUGCUGCUUCCAUUCUCGUAAAUCUGGAAGACCUAAUCGCCAAAAGGUUUUUCUAUCAUCGACAAUUUUUUUGUGAAGCUUCUGAGGAGAAGCUGCUUCGUAUACAACUCUGGCCGACAUCGUAGUCAUAUCGUCUCGAUCUUCCUCUAGACUUGGCCCUUUUCAGGGAUUUUCUGGUUCAUGGGCGCCUUUCGAUUGCAGUUUCUUGUUGGUUCGGCGUCUUCCGAUCGACUACGGCUAAUCUCAAUCCGGUCGACAAUCUAUUAAAAAAAGAAAAAAGAAAAAAGAAAAAUCGUUACGAUGUGAGCAUUUGAACCAUUAAUUGAAGAAGGAGACGUGCUAAAACGGCCAGGUAGAAAGAAUAGUUCGUGUGGAAUAGGAUACUAGCAGGAACAGAAACAUAGAGCUCUCAUUCCGAAUCUUUUGAGGGAUUUCUUAUCUUUAUAAAAUUGCAGCUAUGGCAAAAUUCAAUUGCUUCUCUGGCCGGACAGGGAAGAAGAAGAAAACCAAGAGUGAUUUGGCGGAAUUGCAAAAACCUGCUGAAUUGAAUUACUUGAAGAAAACUUUACAAGUCAGCAUCCAUCACUCUGAGGAGCCUUUUCAAGUUGGAGAAGGGAAGUCGUCUACUCUCGACGUUUCAAUUCUGUACCCAUCUGAGAAUAAUUCUAAGCUGGAUGUUAAGGUAACGAACCAUGAGAGUCCUGCAGCAGGAGUAGUAGAAGCUGCAUAUGAAGGGGAGGACGAGCGUGACGACAACUCUAUCAAGCAGAAUCUUUCCGACUUUGAUCUCCCUGAUCAAGAUACCUGUGGAGAAGAAUUUGAGUUUCAAUUUUCUAGUUCAGUGGGAAAACAAUUUGAUAAGAUUAUUAUUGAAGGUGAAGGUAGUGAAGGAGUAGGAGUAGGAGUAGGAGCAGGAGGAGGAGGAGGGGUUGAUGCAAUCCAAAGUGGGCAUGUUAGUGAUCCUGGAAUUGGUAAGGCAGUCUGUUGGGCAUCACCUAAACUUAAACGCUCCUGUUCUAAUCUGGAAACCAGGGAUGUGCAUAGAAAUUUAUCUCAUCAGUUGCAGCCUCCAAAGUGUCAGUCUUUCGAAAAACUGCAAGAAUUGGCCGAUGAAAUGAGGGACUAUGUUGAUCCAGGCAGUCCAGGGUCUAUUAUGACCCAUCGCAGUGCUGAUAAAGUCAUGUUGAAGAAGUGUUCUUCGAGCCAGAUUCUUCCUUCCAGAAGUAGAAGGUUGUGGUGGAAGUUGUUCCUAUGGAGCCAUAGAAACCUGCAAAGGCCGUGGACAACCAAGGCUACUCCCACCAACUCCGCGUUCAACCAGCAAGGUGGGUAUUGUUCUGACAGUCUUGAGCCGAACAGAGCAGUGGGAAAAGGUAUGAUGGAAUCACCUGGAUCAUUUACUGAGGAAACCUGGACAAACGGCCCAAGUAACAACAAAAGCAACAAUCAAGAUCAUGAGAAUUUGUGUAAUGGAGUCUCUGGUUUAUGGCCACAAAAUCAGUGGGUUGCAUUUUCAGCAGAGUCAUCUUCCCUAAGAAGAGUGGACGAGUGGGUGAAGGAUCUUCAAAUCGAACCGUGUGUUUCAAUCGAUGAGGUUGGGGGUGACAAAGAUCCAGAUACUUUCUUCCCACCCUCUCCUGAGAGAACUUCAACUCACAUGCCCCGACGUGGAGAACCCAAUCUGACAGAAGAGAUUUUGUAUGCCAAUAGCGUCAUCCAGUCGCUGAAUUCUUCCUCAACCGUGGCUCACAUCUCUGGUAUUGGCUUAAAAGCCAUACCCACAAUCUCACAUCUAUCCGGUCUCAGAUCUGUCAAUUUGUCCGGCAACCUCAUAGCUCACAUUAACCCUGGAUCACUGCCCAAGGGGCUGCACACUCUCAAUUUGUCCAGGAACAAGAUCAGUGCCAUCGAAGGGCUCAAAGAAUUAACGCGACUUCGAAUACUUGAUCUGAGUUACAAUCGCAUAUCUCGGAUAGGACAUGGGUUGUCAAACUGUGCAAUUAUCAAAGAACUCUAUCUAGCUGGCAACAAGAUUAGUGAUGUUGAGGGACUGUAUCGAAUCUUGAAGCUGACAGUUCUUGACCUAAGCUUUAACAAGAUUUCAACAACCAAAGCUCUGGGUCAACUUGUUGCCAACUAUAACUCUCUUCAAGCUCUUAAUCUGUUGGGGAAUCCAAUUCAAAGUAAUGUGAGCGACGACCAGCUACGCAAGGCGGUUGUUGGCCUUCUUCCAAACCUUGUUUACCUAAACAAGCAAGCCAUCAAAGCACAGAGAGCUCGAGAAGUUGCAACCGAUAGCAUUGCAAAAGCUGCACUAGGAAACAGUAGUUGGAGUUCCCGUAGAAAAACAUCCAGGAAAACAAGCCAUAUGGCAUCAUCUACCAUUAGUGGGCACAGAAGCACUGCAAGCGUUGCACACAAAGGCAGGCACAGAUCAAAAGCGCCAACCGCUCGCCAUUAUUCGUCGGCUCUCGCCUCAUCAUCUCGUUAGACUUGGCCCUUCCGCUGAUAUACCAAAAAGAUAUUCAUUGGGGGAAGCGUUUUCUGUUCUGUUUUGUUUUGUUUUCCCACUUUUUCUGUUACAUCACACUUGGUGUCCUGUUUUCUUUCGUCCAUAGAAUACGUUUGUCAUGUGGUUAAAAUAUUCUCUUUAACCUUAGUGAAUUGAGAUUGCUUUUCUUAAUGGCAUAAUCGGGUUCUUUUGCAA